AUGGCUACAAGAGGUAAAAUUGCGGCAUUUCCUGAUGGGAACUCGUUUGUAGCAUAUAACGACUCUGUGGAUAAUUUAGUUAUUGGAAACAGUGAAGGUUUAGUAAAGGUAUUCAACAUUCAUGAGCCCGAUUUGGAACCAACCUCGAUUGAUAUCUUGGAAAAUUUGACUUCGUUAUCCAACCACGGUGCAAAAUUGUUAAUCACGACCACAGGAGGCGAGCUUGAGCUAAUAGACUUGAAAUCACUGGAAUCAAAAGGUUCAAUUUACAGAUCUGGGUUACCUUUAAGAGACUCUUUGUUCAUCAAUGAAGGUAAGAGAGUACUCUGUGGAGGAGACGAUAACAAGUUGGUAGUGAUUGACUUGGAAAAUGGAAACAACACUUCUUCGGUAUCUUUAUCAGAUCAAUUCUUGAGUGUAGCCUAUAACUAUACUGGUGAGCUCUUGGCUGUUGGUUUAUCUAGCGGUGACGUUCAGUUGUAUUCUGUUACCAAUGAACAGCCAAAUUUGAUUCACACCAUUCCAAAUGUGUUAGUUUCCAAAAUUCAUACUUCCAUGGAUAAAAUUGACUAUAACGAAGAGCACGAGGACGAAUUGGUUUCAACCAGACCGCAAUGGACUUCGGAUGGAAGAUAUCUCUUGGUUCCUACUGCUGUGAACAAGAUUCUGGUCUUCGACAGAUCAAACUGGGCUGAACCAAUUAAAUCAUUCGACUCUGAGGCUAAGAUCAUUGACUUCAGAUUAUCACCAACAAGUGACCAUCUAGCUGUCCUCGAUUUUGACGGUGUAGUGAGAUUAUUUGACUUUGAUAGCAAGAAAACAUUACGCGAAAUAGAGCUUGACUUGGAUGGUAAGUUCCCUCUAAAUCUUGCCUGGAAAGAUACUCAGUUGUUUGUAGGUACUACUGAUGGUAGUAUCUUGACAUUUAAGGAUGUUGUAGACUCAGCAACCACAAGAGAAAUUAAUAGGUUAUUUAUGGGAGAAGCUGACGAGUCUGACGGUGAAGAUAGCAACACCGAGGAGCUUGGCCAAGACGAAGAAGAGAAUGAAGAGGAAGCACCUGAUGUCAAGUCAGAACUUUCCAAACCUGGCUACAGAUUGCAUGCUGAAGACUCUUUGGUUAUCGACCAAGAUGAGGACGACAUGCCAGACUACUCCAACGAUCGAAGAAAACGUCACAAGCCUAAUGGAUACAGUGCACCUAGACAAACUACUGCAAGAUCUUUUGGUACAGUUAUUGAAGGAGAGAUCAAGCCAUAUUCUCCAGGUUCCACUCCUUGGAAUAGCGAAAAUAAGGGCUCUGCUACUGUUGAGAGACGAUACUUAUCUAUGAACUCAAUUGGAUAUUCGUGGGUAGUGAAGAGCUCUAGUGGUACCGACGGUAUGUCUCAGCAGACUGUCAGUGUAACAUUUUUUGACAGAGGCUUGCAUAAGGAUUACCAUUUUGUUGAUUACAACGGCUAUGACUUGUGUUCUAUCAAUGAAAAGGGUGCAUUGUUUGCCAGUUCAGGCUAUUCAAGUAAAUCAGCUCUUGACAAUGGCAGAAUAUAUUAUAGAAAACAUGAUUCUGAACAAGAUGCUUGGGAAAGACGGAUUCCCUUGUUGAGAGGUGAAUAUAUUACCUCUGUCUGUGUAACAAAUAGUCACUUGUUGGCCAACAUGUCUGACGAAUCCUACAUCACAGUUGCAACCAAUUUCGGAUAUGUUAGGUUCUACAAUUUGCAUGGUUUGUGCGUGAACUUACUCAAGAUGACUCCUGUUGUUACUAUGAUUUCAUCUUCUAAUUCUGUUUUGUUCAUUAUUAAUCAGGUCGCUGCCAAUCUUUAUAGUUACUCGCUUGUUGAUAUGAAUCAAGACUACAAGUUUAUUCAGCAGGAUGUAUUACUUCCAUUAAAGAAGCACGCCGAUUCCCCGGACAUUCCAUUGAUCAAGGGUAUCUUCUUCAACGAGUACAAUGACCCAUGUAUAAUUCCAGGUAUUGAUGAUACUUUGUUAAUCUUACAGUCAUGGAGAGAAGCAAAUAACGCCAGAUGGGUUCCGAUAUUAAACUGUCACAAUGCUGUCACAGACUACGGUAAUGAUAAUAGAAAAGGUUGGAAGUGUUGGCCCUUGGGUGUUUACGAUGACCAGUUGAACUGUCUAAUAUUGAAGAACAAUCACGAGCAUCCUGGUUUUCCAUUACCAAUUCCAAUUGUUCUCAAUAUCGAAUUGCCGAUCUUGAUUAAGGACAAGUCAAAGAAGAAAAAGAACGACAUUUUGGAGGAGGAGCUUGGCGACAGUGAUGCAGAGGAGCCUGAAGUCAAGCAGGAUGAUCCUGAAGAGAAUUUCUUGAGAUCAAGGACAUUUGGUAGUUUGGCCUUUGACUCACACAACGAUGAUAAUACAGAAGAAACAGAAGAGGGUCAGAUAGAAGAAAGACUUAAUGAGUAUAUGGCGUUGUUUGACAGGUCAUUGUUGAAGCUAUUUGGAGAGUCCUGUAAAGAUCAGAGAUUGAACAAAGCCUUGAGCGUAGCCAAGUUGAUGAAGACGGACAAGGCAUUGAUGGCUGCAUCGAAGAUCAGUGAAAGAAUGCAGUUCAUGAACUUGGCCACAAAGAUUGGUGAAUUGAGAGAAAAGUUGCUCAACGAGGCAGAAGAAGUUGACGAAGAGGAAGAUGAUUAA